GAAGGAGGGGAGCGGAGGGCCCGGCCGCCAUGCUGCCCUUCACGGUGAACAUGAAGCUGUCGGCGCGGACCCUCAGCGGGGCCCUCAGCGCCCACAACCGAGCGGCCGCAGACUGGGGCUGGCAAGGAUUAAUUGCUUACGGAUGUCAUUCACUUGUACUAGUGAUUGAUUCCAAUACUGCCCAGACUCUUCAAGUCCUGGAAAAGCACAAAGCCAAUGUCGUCAAGGUUAAGUGGGCUAAAGAAAAUUACCAUCAUAAUAUCGGAUCGCCGUAUUCCUUACGGUUAGCAUCUGCCGACGUCAGCGGGAAGAUCAUCGUUUGGGAUGUGGCCACAGGAGUAGCUCGCUGUGAAAUUCAGGAACAUGCCAAACCUAUCCAAGACAUGCAGUGGUUAUGGACUCAAGAUGCUUCUCGAGAUUUAUUACUCGCUAUUCAUCCGCCAAACUACAUCGCGCUGUGGAAUGCAGACACCGGCACCAAACUGUGGAAGAAGAGUUACGCAGAAAACAUCCUCUCUUUUUCCUUUGACCCCUUCGAUCCGUCCCAUUUAACCCUGCUCACCAGUGAGGGUAUCGUGUUCAUCUCUGACUUUUCACCAUCAAAAGCGCCUGCCAGCUCCGGGAAAAAAGUCUACAUCUCCAGUCCGCACUCCAGCCCGGCUCACGGCAAUUUGGCCGCGACCACGGGAGCCAAAAAGGCCCUCAAUAAAGUGAAAAUUCUCAUCACUCAAGAGAAGCCCAGCGCCGAAUCUGUGACUCUCAACGACUGCCUGCAGCUGUCCUACCUGCCAUCGAAAAGAAACCACAUGCUACUGCUCUAUCCCCGAGAAAUUUUAAUCCUUGAUUUGGAGGUGAACCAGACUGUCGGCGUGAUUGCCAUCGAGAGGACCGGAGUGCCUUUUCUCCAGGUAAUCCCCUGCUUUCAACGGGAUGGACUGUUUUGCCUACAUGAGAACGGCUGUAUCACUUUAAGAGUUCGCAGGUCUUACAGCGCUACGACCGGCGUUCCAAAUGAGGAGCCGGAUACCGAUCCGGUUCAGGAGCUGACCUAUGACCUUCGAAGCCAGUGUGAUGCGAUUAGGGUGACCAAAACCGUUCGUCCGUUCAGCGCGGUCUGCUGCCCCGUCAACGAGAACUCCGCUGCCCUCGUCGUGAGCGAUGGCCGAGUGAUGAUAUGGGAGCUGAAGUCUUCCAUCUCUAGCCGGAACUCACGGAGCAGCUCGGGCACAUCGCCUUUGUAUUCCCCGGUGUCUUUCUGCGGGAUUCCUGUGGGACCACUGCAGAAUAAGCUCCCGGACCUUUCCUUAGACAACAUGAUCGGACAAAGCACAAUUGCCGGGGAAGAGCCUUCGAAAGGUUCCCUCUUUCAGGAAGUGCACUUGAAAUUUCUGCUGACAGGACUCCUUUCCGGACUUCCCUUGCCCCCAUUCGCCAUUCGAAUGUGCCCACCUCUUACCACAAAGAACAUAAAGCUCUAUCAGCCCCUCCUUGCCGUUGGUACAAGCACUGGAUCUGUUUUAGUGUAUCAUCUUACCAGUGGAUUAUUACACAAGGAAUUAAGCAUUCAUUCCUGUGAAGUCAAGGGCAUCGAGUGGACGAGUUUGACUGGUUUUCUUUCCUUUGCGACAUCAACCCCCAAUAAUUUGGGGUUAGUGAGAAAUGAACUGCAGCUGGUUGACCUUCCAACAGGCAGGAGCGUUGCCUUCCGUGGCGAACGAGGUAGCGAUGAACCGGCUAUUGAAAUGAUCAAAGUGUCUCAUUUGAAGCAGUACCUGGCUGUUGUAUUCAAAGAUAAACCGCUGGAACUGUGGGAUGUCAGGACCUGCACUCUGCUGAGAGAAAUGUCAAAAAAUUUUCCCACCAUAACUGCCUUGGAAUGGUCGCCGUCGCACAAUCUGAAGAGCCUGAGAAAGAAGCAGCUGGCCGCCCGAGAAGCCAUGGCCCGACAGACUGUGGUCUCUGAUACAGAGCUUGGCGUGGAGUCUUCGGUUAUAAGCUUGCUGCAGGAAGCCGAGAGUAAAUCUGAACUGAGCCAGAACAUCUCCGCUCGAGAACAUUUUGUCUUUACUGAUACCGACGGACAAGUUUAUCAUCUCACGGUGGAAGGGAACUCAGUGAAGGACAGUGCCCGGAUCCCACCUGAUGGGAGCAUGGGCAGCAUCACGUGCAUUGCCUGGAAAGGCGAUACGUUAGUCCUCGGUGACGUGGACGGAAAUUUAAACUUUUGGGAUUUGAAAGCCAGAGUAUCCAGAGGGAUCCCCACGCACCGAAGCUGGGUCAGGAAGAUCCGCUUUGCUCCUGGAAAAGGGAAUCAGAAACUAAUAGCCAUGUACAAUGAUGGAGCAGAAGUUUGGGAUACUAAAGAGGUUCAAAUGGUGAGCAGUUUAAGAAGCGGAAGAAACGUUACCUUCCGAAUCCUGGAUGUGGACUGGUGUACCUCAGAUAAAGUGAUCCUGGCGUCAGACGAUGGGUGCAUCCGAGUCUUAGAGAUGUCCAUGAAGUCGGCCUGCUUCAGGAUGGACGAGCAAGAAUUAACAGAGCCGGUGUGGUGUCCAUAUCUGCUGGUUCCCAAGGCCUCCUUUGCCUUAAAAGCGUUCCUGUUGCACCAGCCGUGGAAUGGGAAAUAUUCUCUGGACAUCGUAGAUGCUGCCUAUCCAGAGAAUGAAGAUACAACACACAUGCUUCAAGAGCAGUUAAAUUCAUUGUCCAAUGACAUCAAAAGACUUUUACUCGAUCCGGAAUUUACCAUCUUACAGCGGUGCCUCCUCGUCGCAAGGCUGUUUGGAGAUGAGUCGGAACUGCAUUUCUGGACCGUCGCCGCCCACUAUUUGCACAGCUUAUCCCAGGAAAGACCGCCGAGCACGAAAGCUACAGAUGAUGUCGUUACACCUCAGGAGAAAUUGGCCGACCCUCUAGAUAUAUGUUACGACAUUCUGUGUGAAAAUUCUUACUUCCAGAAAUUUCAGUUGGAAAGGGUAAAUUUGCAAGAGGGGAAGAGGUCAACCUAUGACCAUACGCGGAAAUGUGCCGACCAGCUCCUCCUCUUGGGCCAGCAGACUGACAGAGCGGUGCAGCUGCUGCUGGAGACGAGUCCUGAGAACCAGCAUUAUUACUGCGACUCCCUGAAGGCCUGCUUAGUCACGACAGUCACCUCCUCUGGUCCUUCCCAGAGCACCAUUAAGCUGGUAGCCACCAAUAUGAUAGCCAAUGGCAAAUUGGCAGAGGGAGUUCAGUUGCUCUGCCUGAUAGAUAAAGCUGCCGAUGCCUGUCGGUACUUGCAGACGUACGGCGAAUGGAAUCGUGCCGCGUGGCUUGCCAAGGUACGUUUGAAUUCAGAGGAAUGUGCGGACGUUUUGAAACGAUGGGUUGAUCACCUCUGCUCUCCACAAGUCAACCAGAAGUCAAAGGCCAUCCUUGUCCUGCUGUCCCUGGGCUGUUUCUUGAGAGUGGCGGAGAUGCUCCACAGCAUGAGGUAUUUUGAUAGAGCCGCUUUAUUUGUCGAAGCCUGCCUGAAGUAUGGGACAAUUGAGGAAAACGAAGACACGAAUAAACUGAUCCACGUUAUCUAUGCAGAUUAUGCCCGGAGUCUGAAGGUGUUGGGUUUUAAGCAGGGGGCUGCUCUUUUUGCCUUGAAAGCAGGAGCGGCUGGGAAAGAGUUAUUGACUGAGCUGGAGAGGCCCAAGGAGGACAGUGGAAUGACAGGGUGUUAAUGGAGACCGUAAAAAUCCCACAUUCCCAUCAGUGAGGGAUCAAGGGAUAAGUCGAUCUGGCUGUUAGCAGGCCAUAUCUCACAGAUUAUUGAGUUUCCAAUCAUGUUUUGUUUUCAUGCAGUUUCAAGUGCACACGUUGUCCCUUCUUUCUAGGUAUACGUGGAGGACAUGAGCAUUUAACACUUUUCAGAAACACGUGCUUUACGGGGUACUUCUCUUGAUAUAGACCCUCAAGCUUUGGGAGCGGGGAAGGGGGUGGAGAUUUAUAUCUUGCUUCGGGAUACAGAAAAAAAUCCCUGUUUCCAGUGCUUUUUUAAAAAAAAAAUUUAAAAGACAAAGCAUAGUUUCUGGCACCUGAGAGAUUAAAGGGAGUGUGGGAUUUUUGAAAGGCAAAGCGACAUAUGGAACGGGGAUUUCACCUUGGUGCUCUGGAUGUUUAGUAUUCGUCUAUAAUGCUGUCAGUUCGCUACCGGGAGAAAAUUGCCGGGGAAUAAAUACGGUCCACUGAGAUGGUCUUUACUGCUUUGGUCCUGCAAACGCAGCAGCCUUGUGAUUUUUUCUUCAUCCUCACCUUGUAAUUCUCUUGUUUCGAAUGACAUUUUCUGAGGCUCAGGUUUGUCAAAAGGCCAACUUUGUGUUGAAAGCUUAAAUCCAGUUCAUCACUUUGAACACCAGAAGCACUUUUGAAGUUGUCUUUUUUUCUUUUCCUAUUUAUGAAAUGUUUUCUUGGGGCAUCAAAAUAAUUUCGUUUAAAAAACCAUCCCUUUAAAAAUCAUUUCUUUGUCAUCUCUACAUAUCUGUUUUCUCUUUUGCACUGAAUGCUGUAUUUAACAGUUUAAUCACCCAAAUUAGACCGAAUUAGACGCACGCCUUUGACACCAAGAGGUAUAUUUUAAAAGAAAAUAUCUGUUGUGCAUUGAUAUGUUAAUGGAAUGCCCAUCAAAACGGUUUGCAGAAUUUCUUUUGACAUUCCUCAUUCGCUUUUGAUUAUUCUAACUCAAUUCAUUUCCCAAUGCGCUGGUAUUGCUACUUAGAAAAAGAUGAUUGUGGAGAAAUGUAAUAUUCAUAGAGUCAUAUUCCAGUUGCUUUAAAUCAGCAUCACUCUUCCAUAAGAAAAAAAAUGAAACUCGCAGUACCCAAAUGUGUUUGGAAUUACUGGUAACUCCGUUUCAAGUCGAACGGAUGAUCUUCCUAAAUUACUUCACAGAAUCACUUUCCUAAAUGUAUUUGAAGAUGUAAAUUCAUUUAUGAUUAAAAAUGUGACUGAUCUGCA